AUGAUUGGUAGUUUGGGUAGCAGUUUGGGUACUGGUAGUAGUACGAGUAUGGAGAAUAAUAGGAGUAUGAGUAAUAGGUAUGGUAUGAGUACGCAUAAUAGUACAAGUAGUAGAACGAGUAUGAGUAGUAGUGCAAGUAUAAGUAGCAGUACAAUUAGUGUAAAUAGUACAAGUACAAGUCGUAGUACGAGUGCUAUUAUUAGUAGGAGUAUUAGUAACAGUACAAGUACAAGUACCAAUACGAGUAUGAGUACCAGUACAAAUAGUAGUACAAAUAGGAGUAUCAGUACAAGUACAAGUAGUAGUACGACUACGAGUAGUAGUAUGAGUAUGAGUAUGAGUAUAUGUAUGAAAAUGAGUGCGAGUAGUAGUUGUAAGAGUACAAGCAGUAGUACAAGUACGGGCAGAGGUACGAGUAAGGGCAAUGGUACAAAUACAGGCAGUAGCAUGAGUAGCACGAGUACGAGUAGUAGUGUAACGUCAAGCGUCUUGGGGUGUAGAAUCAGUUCUCAGGGGAUAGUAUACACGAGACCGCUACACCAGUUUAUUUAA